UGCUGCUUCCGGGUUCCGGUAAAUAAUACACACGUGCAAAUCAGAAAUAGAAUGUCUGUUCCUGGAGAGAUUAUGAUUAAAGAAAAUGACCAAGUCGUUUUACGUAGAGAAAAAAAGCUACAGAUUUUUCAAGUAAAAGUAAAAAGACAGCUAUUUCUUGAUAAAUUUAAGUUCAUGCUUGAUGGAAUAAUUGGACAUCCCUUUGGAACAACAUUUGAACUGAAAGAUGGACAGUUGGUCAAGGCGGACCCACCAGUCACUGCAGAGACUGGUAAAGAGGUUGAAGAGAGCUGCAGUGGGAAAGACAACCGAGAGCUCAAGGCAGAUGAUUCCAAUCAGAAGUUGACACAGCAGGAUAUUGAAUCAAUGAAGCAGAAAGGAGUCACAGGACAGGAAAUUAUUCAACAACUGGUAGAACACAGUGAUACGUUCAAAGCCAAAACUGAGUUUUCUCAAGCUAAAUAUUUGAAAAAGAAGAGGAAAAAGCAUGUGUUUAUAGUCACAGUGUUAAAGCCAACAGCUAGACUACUGAUAGAGAUGCUGUACAGUAAAGCACCUGAUAAAAUAUGUAAUCUCCGAGUGGACAGUUUGUCUCAGAUCUUGUGGUAUGGAAAUGUGCACUCUGGAAUUAAUGUGGCAGUAGUGGAUUCGUGUCGAGGUCUAGUGGUGGGCUCUAUCCUGCAGAGAAUGGGAGGCUGUGGCAAGAUUGUUCAACUCUAUCCAGGGAAUGAUCUCAAUAGGUAUGUUGUGGAUUACUUUGAUUUUCCAAAGGAAUACAAAGACAUCUUAUUCAGUUUUCCUCUAAACAAAUUAAUGGAUCUCAAAUCAAAUUCUAAACCAUUAACUGACUCAUCAGCUGAUGCAGUGGUGACACCAUCUGUAGCUGAACAAAUGUGUGAUAUGUCAUCUCACCCAAAUGAUUCGUCACUAACAAAGUUAGAUGUUGAACAGUCAUGUGAUGACACUUCAUCAAACACAAAUGGUGCACCAGUUACGAAAACUUUGGAUGUGGACACAGGAGAAAAGCUUUCUGUUGAAAAUAAUGAUAGUUCCAUGGACACCAAUGACAAUAAUGCCAGUCAGUCAAAGGGUGAUCACUCUAAGUUACUUGAGAAAUCUGUUAAGAAAGAAACGGAAGAUUUGCAUACACAAUCAGAUAUUAGUACAGGAAAGAAAGGCAGGAAGAAAACAGAGAAAUCAGAGGAAGAAAAACAAAAAGAACAGCAACAGAAAUCUCGACAGCUGGAGGCAGCCAAAUCUAUCUUAUUGGAGAGAAAUAUUGACUGUUUGAUUGUAGCCAGCAAGUACCAUCCUACACCAAUAGUGAUGAAUCUACUGGAAUUCAUGGCCCUAUCUAGACCGGUUGUUGUUUAUUCACAGUACAAGGAGCCUUUAGUUGACUGUUACACUGCACUGAAAAAAAGUGGUUUGGCAAUCAAACUGAAGUUGACAGAAACCUGGUUCAGAGAAUACCAGGUUCUGCCUGCACGAACACACCCAACAAUGCAAAUGACUGGAACUGGAGGUUACCUACUCACCUUCAUGGUGGUUCAGAAGAGAUAGUCAAUAAAACUGUCACAUCAUUGUUCAUUUUACUGUGAUGAAUCUUCAAGAUGCCUUUCUGCUUGCAUGAUUUAUUCCUUCUUUGUGUAUCGUACAUUUUUAUCUUCCAUAAAUAUUUUAUAAGCAGUUUCAAAGGAUUGCCCACUAGGUGUACUAUUGUUAUGUGCUACUUGACUACAUGUACACAUAUUUUUAAAGUUCUAAUAAAAGUUCCACUGGCCUGCAGUAUUACAGUGGAACUUCUAUAGAACUUGUUGAAUCCCACUUCUGACACCAAUAAUGAUACAUCUGGAAAAUGAUAUGAGGAGGAGGAUUGUAGCAACUGUAAAACUGAACAGAACACUAUCAGACAUACCAAUUAAUUUUCACUUCAUCCAUAUUUGCAGGAAGGGAAAGUCACUGCUGGGCAGUUCAAGGUUGCAAAAAAAAUUCACCGGGGUCAAAAAAUAAAAUGAGAAAGCAUGGAGAGAGAGAGAGAGAUAGGGAGAGAGCGCGCGUGUGUGUGUGUGUGUGUGUGUGUGUGUGUGUGUGAUGCUUGUAGAUUUAUAACACUAAUAGCAAAUACUUUUAAAUUUUUCAUGAUGGAGAUACAAAGAAACAAUACCAAAUUUUGUCUACAUAUUUUGAGCUAGUUGAGCAUAUAGAUCGAUAACUAGUUUAAUGUACUCAUAUACCACUCGGGUUUCGAACAUGCCAGUUGAGAAUAACUGUCCAUUUGCAACCUUUCCUGUGAAACUGCCCUUCUUUUUCAAUCCUAAAUUAGUACCUGAUGAAUACAUCAUCAACCUUUGUGUUACGUUAUACAUACAUGUAUAUCUAUUUGAAUUGUAUCUUAAAUGGUAUUAAAAUGAUUGAUCAUA